AUGAAAACUCUUGAGGACCUGUGCCUGGCGUUCAUAGCCAGGCAUUUCUCCACCUACCAGCGGCUGGGGAACAGCCUGAGCUCCCACCACAAGGAGAUGCUCCUGGAGCGCAUGUGCAUCCACGGACAGCUGACCAAGUCCAGCCUCCCGUGCGUCUCGUACGCUCUCUUCUCGCACACGCUCCAGAGGAUCAGCCUCUGCUUCUCUUCCCAGUUGGACGACAGGUGUCUGGAGCUGUUGGGAGCCAGCGGUGUGCUCCCCACGUCCGUGACCAUCCAGAAAUGUCCCAACAUCACGGACAAGGGGAUAGCAUCGCUGGCCAGAAUAGUAAGAAAGACAGAGGAACUAUUGCUGCUAGGGAUGAAACAGCUCACCGGAGAGGGACUCAAGAAUUUGAUGUCUCGCAGUCUCCGACAGCUCAGUCUCCAGGGGAGCACCGGCAUCACUGACCCCGGACUCUCUGCCCUCCUCAGGAACUGCCCCAACGUCGAGAAACUGUGCCUGGCUGAGCUCGACAAAUUGACCGACGCCACCUUUGUCUGCCUGGCAGAGGUCCUCGGGGACAAACUUGUGGAGCUGGAUGCCCUUCAAGUGAACUCGGUGACCUCUGCAGGCACCACUGCACUGGCGACACACUGCUCCAACCUCAGAGUAGUGAACUUUGAAAUGGACACCUGCCUAGAUGGGUCCGGUCUAGUCAGAAUGGCUGAAAACUGCCCCAUAGCAUCUCUCAACAUAUCAUUCUGCUACAAGGUCCCGGCACACGAGGUGGAGGUCAUGGUGAGCAUGUUAAGAGCGAAAGGGACUCUCCAGAGCUUCGAGGCCAUGGGUCACGUCUUGUCUCCCAUUGGGCUGGAGCUCCUUGCCUCCAGUCUAGCUCUCAGCAAACUCUCUCUCUGUGGAGUGGCUCUCGUCAAUGAUGACUCUGUCGAUCUGAUGGCCAGAAGUAUGGCAAAGACCCUAGUGAAUCUCGAUGUCUCAAACUGUGCUGUCACAGACGACUCAUGUGCCUCCAUAGCUAGGCACUGUCAGGCCAUUGAGGCCCUGGGACUGAGGAAUGUGAGGGAAAUCACUGGAGCCCCUCUCGUUGGGCUCUUUAACGACGGAGAGAGGAACAAGAGCAUCACGGCAGUCACUUUCUCUGGGUCGAAGAAGAUCCAGCCAGAUGUGGUGGAGGCACUAGUGUCAAACUGCCCCAGUCUGGAGGUGGUGACGAUGGCUGGACUCAAAGGCAUCACUGACACUGUGGCCCUGACUCUCGCCCACUCCUGCCCAGACAUCCAACACGUCAGCUUCAGAAACUGCGACGUGACGGACGUGGGGAUCUGCGAGAUGGCGUCCGGGUGUCCUCUCCUCACUCUGCUGGCUGUGGCCGGCGUCCACUGUCUCACCGACAAGAGCAUCAUGGCUCUGGCGGAGCACUGCCCCCAUCUCGAGGAACUCUAUAUCUCUGGCUGCGACAAGAUCACCAAACAGGCCGUCACCUACCUCAAGGACUGUGUGGUGAGCGGCGUGCAGGUGUUCCAUACUAACCCCAGUGCACCCAUUGGCCUUCUGAUGGCAAAGGACUUGGAUACUGGAGAGUACACCAGAGUCGACAAUCUACAUUUUGACUCUGUCGAACGACUCUCGGGAGCUAGAAAGACCAGAGAACAUUUCUUUCCGAAGUCCCUGACGGUGGUGUUAGCCACGCAAGAGUGCAACUUUACUCUGAAGUUGGAGCUAAAUGGGGUUCUCAUGUCACGAAAGUUCAAGUCCCACUACUUUGAUAAAAAUGGCAAAGAAGUCAUUGACAAGGGUCUUACCAACUGCUUCUACCAGGGUGAGGUGUCAGAGAGACCAGACUGGCAGGUCGUGGUCAACCUCUGCAAGGGACUCUCGGGGACAUUCGGUGUUCACGGUGCAGAAGUAAACCGUGAGGAGUUUUAUCACAUCGAGCCUCUUAGAGGGGAAUCAGACACACCACUCCCUCCUGGGAAAAGUCUGAUUGAUCUGCUGACCAGACCGCAUGCUCUCUACCUGGACGCAGAGCUCUCGGACAACAAUGGAACUUGUGGUUCUCACUCUGGUGUUCACGACCGUCAUCCCACCAUUGAUCUCUCUGCUGAAGAACGCAGCAAACUGAGGGCAAAGAGACAGUCUGGGCAGCAGUUUCUGUUUGUGGAGCUGGUGAUUGUCAACGACCAGAGCCAGUUCAAUGAGAAUGGAAACCUGGAGGACACUGUCAUUAGAACUCUCGAUAUUGCCAACCAAAUGGACACCCUGUUUCGUGUGCUGAAUGUGAGAAUAGCGCUGGUGGACGUCAUCACCUGGAACACGGGGAACCAGAUAUCGGUCGUCAGUAAUCCAGACACCCUCCUCAACAACUUCAGGACCUACAAGCCCCAGAUCGCCACCCAGCACGACGCAGCCAUGCUUCUCACUAACGUUGACCUGGACGGUUCCACCAUUGGCAUAGCCUUCCUGAGCGUCACGUGUGGGUCCAGUGCUGUCGGGGUGACCCAGGACACCAGACGACCUCCGGCCUCCGUGGGCGCCACUGCCUCACACGAGCUGGGUCACAUCAUGAACAUGGAUCACGACGAUGCCGGCAGUUGCAACUGUCCCGACGGAACAUCAAUGUGCAUCAUGGCCGCUACCAUCACCUUCAACCCCCCGAGUAGCUGGAGCCAGUGCAGCAUCGACCAACUCAACUCGGGGUUCACCGGCUCUAGAAACCUGGAUCGCUGUCUCUUCAACGAGCCGACCACGGUCGUGGGAGACCCAGUCUGUGGCAACGGGAUCCAGGAGGACGGAGAGGCAUGCGACUGUGGCUCUUCACAGGAGUGUACAAACCAGUGCUGCAAUGCCAACACCUGUCAGCUGGCCUCCAACGCCGAGUGCUCCUCUGGGACCUGCUGCGACAUCGCCGCCUGUCAGCUCCGACCGUACGGGACACAGUGUCGCGCCACCAGCGGGUCUUGCGACAUCGCCGAGUACUGCUCCGGGGACGCGCAGGACUGCCCACAGGACCUCCAUCGCAGAGACGCCACCACCUGUAACAGCGGAAACGACUACUGCUACGACGGGACCUGUCAGAUGCACAGUGAUCAGUGCCAGUUUCACUUUGCCACCACGGCUGCUGACAGUAGAUGCUACUCAACACUAAACACUGAUGGAACGGAGGGCGGUAAUUGCGGCUACACCCAGACUGCCUACAUUGCAUGUACUCAGAGCAAUGCCAACUGUGGGAUGCUGUUCUGUGGCCGGAGUGGAACGUAUCAGAGAACCGCCGGCAACACUUUCGUCAGAAUAAUCACCACACAAAUUACGACUACCAUUUUUUGCAAGGGGUUCUCUCCACUGCCAGGGACGGACAUCAUGAAUCCGGGCCUGGUAGCCGACGGGACACGAUGCGGCAAUGGACUUGCCUGCUAUUCCCAGCAGUGUAUUUCAGUGAGCACUCUCCCAACACUGGCCGCCAUCCCUGCCUGCCCCACCGGGAACGGACUGCCCUGCUCUGGAAAUGGAAUAUGUAACAAUCUCGGAGGAUGUUCCUGCAACGUUGGCUUUACUGGCAGCGACUGCAGCUCCCCAAUAUCAGGCCCAGACGUUGGCCCGGUGAACGAGUGUGCGUCAAACAACGGCGGGUGUGAGCAUGUGUGUGUGGACACAGAUGCUUCCUUCGAGUGUCGCUGUAACGCCGGCUUCACACUCAACAGUAACGGAAGGACCUGCGACGACAUUAACGAGUGCUCCAGUAACAACGGAGGGUGUGGGCAGACCUGUACAAACAAUGACGGCAGUUUCCAAUGUUCCUGCCGCAAUGGGUACCUCCUGGCUCCCAACGGUCUCGGCUGCGUUGAUCUGAACGAGUGUGCCACUGGCAACGGACAGUGCUCUCACAUCUGCACCAACAAUGACGGCAGUUUCCGCUGCUCGUGUCGCACCGGAUUCCUGCUGGCUGGAGACGGCCGCACCUGUACUGAUAUCAACGAGUGCUCGACCGGCGUUUCGAGCUGCCAGCAGACCUGUACCAACACCGCGGGCAGCUUCCUCUGCGGCUGCAACUCUGGGUUUAACCUCAAUUCCAACGGACAGACCUGCUCUGAUAUCAAUGAGUGCCUGAGCAGCAACGGAGGCUGUGAGCAGAGGUGUGCCAACACUGCAGGCAGUCAGACAUGCAGCUGUAACCCUGGGUACCGACUCAACAGUGACCGGAGAACAUGUCGAGAUAUUGACGAGUGUGCUGAGAAUAGUGACGGCUGUCAGCAGCUGUGCUCCAACACUCAGGGCAGCUACUUCUGCAGCUGUAGAUCAGGAUUCACCCUCUCUUCUGAUGACCGGAGCUGUUUCGAUCGUGAUGAGUGUGCUGUGGACAAUGGGUUUUGCCAGCAACAGUGCACCAACAUCGCAGGCGGCCACACGUGCAGCUGUUUCCUUGGAUAUAGAAUCAACAGCGACGGAAGAACUUGUGACGAUAUCGAUGAGUGUACCGAGGGAAGUCACAAUUGUGGACAGCUAUGCAUCAACACACUGAGUAGUUUUACUUGCAGCUGUCAAUCUGGCUUCACGCUGGCCACUAACCGCCGCACUUGUAAUGAUAUCAACGAGUGUGCGACAGCCAACGGGAACUGUGCCCAGAUGUGUACCAACACCCCGGGCAGCCACACAUGCAGCUGUCGCUCUGGCUACAGACUCAACAACGACGGACGGAGCUGUCGAGAUAUAGACGAAUGUGCAGAGGACAUCGACGGCUGUGCUCACAUCUGCACUGACAGAGACGGGAGUUUCACCUGCAGCUGCAGACCCGGCUUCUCCCUCGCCUCCAACGGCAGAUCCUGCAAUGAUGUGAAUGAGUGUGUUCAGGGCACCCACGACUGUGAGGGAACGUGUACCAACACUGCCGGCGGCUUCGAGUGCGGCUGUCCCCAAGGCUACCAACUCUCCUCCGACGGAAGAUCGUGCAUCGACAUUGACGAGUGCGCUAACGAUAGGGGCGGCUGUGGUCAGGUGUGCUCCAACACCCCCGGGACCUUCUCCUGCGGGUGCAGCGAGGGGUACAAACUGCAGCCCGACGGAUUCUCCUGCUUACCUGUCGACCAGUGUGAGGAGGACACACACGACUGUGCAGGGUUCUGUAGGAACGCCGGGAGCUCUUUCAUCUGUGACUGCAGUCCUGGAUUUGACCUGGCUUCAAACGGUCGAGACUGCAUCGAUGUAAACGAGUGUGCCAGUGGCAACGGAGGCUGUGAGGGGACGUGUACCAACGUGGAGGGUUCGUUCCACUGCAGUUGUCCUCCUCAGGGUUUCACCCUCAGUCCUGAUGGCAGGGGAUGUGACGAUGUGGACGAGUGUGUGGCAGACACAGACGACUGUGAUCACACCUGCACCAACACCGAGGGAAGUUUCACCUGCUCCUGUCAGUCUGGAUUCAGUCUGGACUCGGACGGCGGGACUUGCAUCGAUAUAGACGAGUGUGCGUCGUCUGACGCCAACUCGUGCGACCAGAUCUGUGUCAACUCCCCGGGAGGCUUCACCUGCAACUGCAGACAGGGUUUCCUGCUCGACUCUGAGGACGAGAAAUCGUGCUCCGAUAUCGAUGAGUGUGUGUUGGGUUUGGCCGAGUGUGGUCAGAUAUGUACCAACACAGAGGGAAGUUCCGUGUGCAGCUGCGAGGAGGGCUUUCUGCUGGACGAAGACGGGAAGACCUGUAGUGAUAUUGAUGAGUGUGCCAAUGCCUACGGAGGCUGCUCGCAGGUGUGCAUCAACGACGAGGCUGGCCACUCCUGCGCUUGUCUCCCUGGCUUCGAGCUGGACAACAACGGAAUGGCCUGCAAAUCCACUGAUCCCUGUACCGGUGCCAAUGACUGUGACCACCCUGAGCUGUGCAGUGAGGCGACGGGCUCUCCCGUGUGCUUCUGUCCACAGGGCUUCGAGCUAGGGGCAGAUGAGAAGACUUGCUCUGACCUGAAUGAGUGUAGUACAGACAAUGCCGGUUGCUCCGACACCUGCACCAAUACCAACGGUGGCUUUGUCUGCAGUUGUCCGACUGGCUACGUGGUCGGUGCCGACUUCAGGAACUGCAUGGAUCUCAAUGAGUGUGCUGUUGAGAACGAUGGCUGUUCACACACGUGUACCAACAUGGACGGUAACUUCACGUGCAGCUGUCCUUCCAACUUGAGACUUGACGGAGACGACAGAACAUGCGUUGGUAAUACCACAGAGAGAACUACAGGCAGUAGUUCCAACGGAGGGGCCAUUGCCGGAGGUGUCAUUGCAGCCAUAGUGGCAGUGGUCAUUGUGAUUGCUAUAGUGGUACUGGUCUUCCUGGUGCUCCGCAAGAGAAGAGCCGGCAAUGCCAUCAAGAACACCAAAUACUCCCGACCUCACGGGGACCUGGAGUCCACCUCCACGUCAAGACAGAACCUGUUCUCCACUCAGAGCUCACAGAGCAUGACCUCCGUCCAGUACCGCGGUCAGUCCAACCACACUGCUUACUCCGGGUACCAGCCACCUACCCCGGUGUACUCCGGAGACUCUUCACCGCCGGCGAGACGAGCUCCGCCCCGUCGUCCUCCGACGGCAGCCACUCCGGCACCAGCAUCUUUCUCCCAGGCACCUGUCAGACGGGUUGCACCGGCCCCACCCCCCGCCUACCGACCUCCGACAGCUCCGACUAAACCCCCAGCUCCAUCGCGACCUAAGCCUCCACAGCCGUCUGCACCGGCAAAGCCUCUGCUGCCAACAAAACCAGCCAUCCAGCCGCCCGCCGCGAGGUCUCAGAGCAGCUACGUUCCUCCCAAGACUGUCAAGCCACCUCCUCCGCUGGCCAGCAAACCAGUCCUGCCACCUCCAACCUUUCAGAAACCUGCUGUGCGACCUGCUCCCCCAGCAGCCAAGCCCUCCCUGGCUCCCAAGCCGACUGGCCCAGCAGCUCCCUCACGAGUCAACGUCCAGUGGCCACCAACACCACAGAACACUUCCCUCAAACAGUGGAGCCUCAGCUCCUCCUGCCAAGAAGCCAUUGGCACCACCCAACAAGAAACCCAUGAUUCCUCCCAAGUUUUAGCUCUCACUGAUUUUUGUUGAUAUUUAAACAUUAUUUUCUUGUAUAAUUUUCACUCAUUUGAAUUUGAUGUGUUUGGUGUGUUGCAAGUUCGC